GCGUGCGUAAAAGAGGCAAGUUUGCCUCAACCGUUUGGCUAGGCGGGACGCGCGCACAAACACGUCGUAUAAAACCGUUGGAUGAACCUUGGCUUGAUAAUGGAUUAACGAAUCAAACAGACAACCAGCGAGAGGAACCCUUAACGCCCUGAUAUCAAUGUAUUGGAAGAGAAAACCCAUCCACCCACUGACGAGGAGUGAGUCACAGUUUAAAGCAGCUGAAUAAGCGUGCGCCGGUGCGGACGGGGAGAUUCAGCGUGGGGUAUUACACUCUUUUUUCCCCCCUUUUCUCGGGUACUUAAAGCCCGCAGCCGCAGCGGUUUUUAUGGGGAAGAGAAGCGUGGAGCUCGCGCCGCCGAACGGACCCACAGCUGCUGCGCGAGCCUCUGGUGUAUCCGACAUGGACGGUGCGCGGGAUGCCGUCGCACGCUGCUGGUGCGCAUCUUUAUAAAGAGCGACGAGACUUCAAAUCUCCAUCUGUUCUGAGCUAAAAGUCAGACGAGAGUUUGACGACGAGCGUUUGUCCCGAACCAGCCGGCCGCCUCACCGAGAGCAAACCAGAGAAAAGUACUUUUAAAGGAACUUCAAAGGGAACACCGCCGCAGAGAAGAUGCGUGGAGAGGUCGCGAGGAGAUUUCAGAUGCUGCUCGCGCUUUGCUCGAUUCUUCUCGUCAGUUUGGGAACGGGCUUUCCAACAAAACGCAAGAGUUUUACCCAUAAAAUUCAUGGCCAUCCAGUUCACACUGGUGGGAUCCAGCAUGUCUCUGAGGAGCAGCAGAACCAGGUCCAGAGCAUUCUGCCUGAGCCGCACAGCCACCAGAGGAGGUGGUCUCACCCCCAGCACCGCUCCGCUGGUGUUCUACCACAGCCCGAGCCCGAGGAGGAGACCAAGCCUUUUAUCUUUGACCUGAACAACUUUCCAGACCUCGCCAACGCUGACAUUAACUCUCAGAACCCCAACAUACAGGUAACCAUAGAAGUUGUUGACGACCCUCAGAUGGAGGUAGAGAUGGACCUGGCCAAUGAGAAAGACUGGCUACCUUCCUCCUCCCCGUCGUCCACAGUGGAUUGGAUCGGAGGCAAGAAGCUCUUCUGGCCCCUCUUCUGGAGCUACACCGAUUCCAGCGAGGAAAGCAACAGUCGGUCGGGCGCAGAAGACACCGGCGAGGAAGAGGGGGAAGACGAUUACUCUUUAGAUUAUGGAAGCGAAGAACCCCUUCCCAGCGGAGUGGGGGGAGACUGGGACACUCACUGGAAUGAGGGCUGGGAUCCCAUGGAAAGCUAUUUUGAGAAGGAGACAGAUGAAUGGACUCCUUGGUCUCCAUGCUCAGUGACAUGUGGACACGGUGAAAGAAAGAGGACGAAAUCCUGUGGCUACUCCUGCACACUGACUGAAGCUUCAAAGUGUGACCUGGAGCCUUGCCCUGGUGACGUCAACGCUGUGGUGGAACCAUUCCCUUUUGAGAUGGAGAACGGCACUGAACCGUUUGGAACAGAUGUGGACAGCUGUGAGAAGUGGCUGAACUGCAAGAGUGACUUUCUCCAGAGGUAUCUGCAGCAGGUCUUGUCUGAGCUGCCCAGCUGCCCCUGCUCGUACCCGUCCGAAGCGGCGUACACCGUGGUGAGCCUCUACGACGAGACCCGAGGGCGGCCUUUCCGCUGGCGCGACGCCAGCGGCCCGACGGAGCGGCUGGACAUCUACAAGCCCUCGGCGCGCAGCUGCAUUCGCUCGGCGCUUUCCAGCGACUCGUCCACUCUGGCGGCGCAGCAUUGUUGCUACAGCGACCGCGGGCGCCUGAUCACGCGGGGGAAGGGCGCGGGCACGCCGAACCUCAUCAGCACCGAGUUCUCGCAGGAGCUGCACUUCAAGGUGGACGUCCUGCCUUGGAUCCUGUGCAAAGGGGACUGGAGUCGCUUCCACGUGGUGCGGCCGCCGAAUAACGGACUGAGUUGCCCAGAAAACCCCCAUGAAGACGUGUUUAUGAAUGAACUUGAAGAGGCCAGAGAGUACUGAGUUACUACAGCCAAAACAACUACAGUCCUAAUUUAUGAUGAAACAGCCUCUGCUAAAAAAUAAACAUAAAGCCACAUAUGAGCUAUUAAUCAUGCAAAACCCUCAAAGAACCUUUUCAUUUGUGAUUGUGUACUUUGAUGAGGUUUGUGCCCACAGCAUCAUUGUCCUAUAUCCAGACUCGGCCAACUGAUUUACAUGAAAGGAUGAGGGGGGGAAAAUGGUCGGUUUUCAUCUUCCCACACAUUUGGUGUUGUAUCAAUUUCUUUCUUUCUAAAGUUCAUUCCCUCUGAGGCUUGUUUUCUUGUGUCCUGUAGUUAUUGUCUAAUAUUGGAUGAUAACAUAUGGCCUAAAUCCUAUAUUGCUUCGUAAAAAUGUAAAUGUUAUGUUAAUAAAGUGGUCCUUUUCAAGAUACAAACAAAGGUAUGGUAAGCUAAUCACUCAUCUUAACGCUGCUACAACGUAAAAACCCUCAGACCUUAUGAGGAUUUUAACAAAUGGACACACAGAUCCAAAAGACAACACGUGCAUUCGGUGCUUCUCCUCUCCCCGCCCCCAUCACUACUGCAAACUAUAAAGGAAUAUGGAUCUGAAUAUGAGUGAUUCGAAAGGCAAAGUGACUUUUCGCAGUCAAUUGUCCUUGUAAGACUUGUUAAGAGAGCAUUACGAGAGUAGCCUGUAGGCGGAAAUGAUCCAGAAAAAUCCCAUUCGAUUUUAAACGUUUUGUGGCGCUGACUCGCUUUCAGCCGUUUGCUUUCACGACCAGGAAAAAUACAUAAUCCGGGUGCCAAAGAGAUACAAAUCAGACUGUUGGUGCCAGUGUAAAUCCAGCCUCCACAUCUCUACCGUGCAGAUGUAGACGAGGAGCAAGUUGGGCAAUGGUUAGAUUGUGCAUGUAGGUGUGUCUCUACAAUGUUCUCAGGGGGGGGACUAACUGAUCAUGCUAAAUGAAAUCGGUUCAUUUACCUCAUCAACAGGAUACUUUGUGGAUCUAGUACAGAAGCAUGUUGGGGCAAGAAUUAGUCGAUGUGUAAUCUAGAUAGAAAGCGAUGAACUGAUGAUGCUUUUUCAGAAGGCAUUUGGAUCCUUUACGUUUGGUUAAUUCUUUCAAGCUGCUGGAUAGAACCGGAUUGGAUAGAAAAGACAUUCCUUCCUAAAUAAAGUCAGGAAGUCGGCUGACACAGGAUAUUGGUACUGGCAACAGGAAUAAGGCGGUACGACCAAAUAUUUCAGGCUUUAGCCAUUAUGUAUGGUGCAUGAUAUUAAAAAAAAUAAGUUUUUACCUGUGGCCAAACAUGUUUCAGCUUUGUGAUGGAUACACAUAAAACGUGACCGCUGGACUUGUCCUUUCUAUCCAACCUUAUUCCACGGAUAUUCGCAACAAACCUCUUUUCAGGAAAUCUGCCUCCAUGCGCAUACAGGCAUUUGUACUUUGAAAUAGCCAAUUUUAAAGUAAGGCACUUUAUUUUAUUUUACUUUGUUGUUUUUAUUUUUUAUUUUUUGCCAUUUAUUAACAAUUGUGUUAUUGUGAAGGUAAGCUCAACAGAAAUGCUGCGUUAUUUCAUGAAGUUUCAUAACAUGUAAGAAGUGUUGAUAUAUAUAUAUAUAUAUAUAUAUAUAUAUAAACAAAGCAUGAUCUUUUUGUGAUUUCUGGGUCUAGUAUUACGUAUUAUGGUGUUGUACAGUAUUUAUUUGUCUGUUCUGUUUUGUUUUUAAGUUUGCUGAAGCUUUGAACUGUCUCUACGCUCAGCAUGGUGCACUAAUUGAAUUGAACAAAUGAAGGCACCCGGUUACAAGGGAAGCAUUUUUGCCUCAUAUCACUUUAAACAGCAAACAGUGUGUCUGUGUUUCAGGUUUUUGUUUUGUUGGACUGCUCUAUGAAUAUGUUGUUGCAAUUAUACUGAAGAAAUAUAUAAAUAUAUAUAUAUAUAUAAAGAGUUUGCAUUCAUC